CCGACGGACCGACGGACCGACGGACGGACGGCGGAACCAUGGCCAUCCCCUGCGUGGAGCUCAGCAACAAGAUGAAGAUCCCCGCCCUGGGGCUGGGCACCUGGCAGGCUCCCCCGGGAAAGGUGGAGGAGGUGGUGAAGUUCGCUAUUGAUGCUGGCUACCGCCACUUCGACUGCGCCUACUUCUACCAGAACGAAAACGAGAUAGGGAACGCGGUCCAGCAGAAGAUCAAGGAGGGGGUCGUGAAACGGGAAGACCUCUUCAUUGUCACUAAGCUGUGGAACACGUUCCAUGAGAAGCCCAUGGUUAAGGUGGGGCUCAAGAAGAGCCUUGCUGCACUCCAGCUGGACUACCUCGACCUCUACCUGAUGCACUUCCCCAUGGGAUUCAAGGCUGGUGAAGAGCUGCAUCCUCUGGAUGACAAAGGUCACAGUAUUCCCAGCGACACAGAUUUUCUGGACACAUGGGAGGCCAUGGAAGAGCUGGUGGAUGCUGGUCUGGUAAAAGCCAUUGGUGUCUCCAACUUUAAUCAUGAGCAGAUUGAAAGAAUCUUGAACAAGCCAGGACUGAAGUACAAGCCUGUAAUGAACCAGGUGGAGUGUCAUCCAUACCUGACCCAGGAGAAGUUGGUCAAGUACUGUAAAUCCAAAGGGAUUGCUGUGACUGCAUACAGCCCCCUGGGCUCUCCUAACCGCCCCUGGGCUAAGCCAGGGGAACCCACACUGAUGGAGGAUCCCAAGAUCAAAGAAAUUGCAGCUAGACAUCAUAAAAGCCCUGCCCAGGUCCUGAUCCGCUUUCUGAUCCAAAGAGACAUCAUUGUCAUUCCCAAAUCUGACAAACCACACCGUGUGGAGGAGAACAUGAAGGUGUUUGACUUUGAACUGUCUAAAAAGGAGAUGGAUGUCAUCCUCACCUUUAACAGGAACUGGAGGGCAGUUCCAGUGGUCCAAGCUGUCAACCACAAGGACUACCCAUUCAAAGCAGAGUAUUAAAUACAAGAUCUCCACUCACCUCCUUCCAGAUCAGAUGUACUCUGCAGCUCGAUCUUCGUUUCUUCUUCUGUAAUUGAUAAUCGUUAGGAGCAGCCACUUUUUUUUCCUCCUUUUUUUAAGGAGACCACUAACUGAUGUAAGAAUGCUGCAAUAAGGGUUGGGUUUUUGUAAAGAUGCUUAGGAGAAACCUGGUUUGGAUUAGUAGUAAAAAAACCAUGUCUUUUCAUUUCCUUUUUAUUCUGGUGUUCCUUAAUUAGAGACACGUUUAACAAAAAACUAGUGACUUCCAUGGGGUUUUUUUAAUGUUACUUCCAGUGUGGUCAGUCAUGAGUCACUGUCAAAGAAUGCUCUAAUUACCUUGCUUUUUAUAUACUUGUG